UCCCAGAGAUGCUGCCUGGGAUCGAACCGGGACCUCCCAAGUGCAAGGCGGGUGCUCUGCCUCGGGCAAGCUCCUGCCCAGCAGCAGCAGCCGCCGCCCAAGCCAAGCUCAAAGAAGACACUGGCUGCGCAUGCCAAGCGGCAGUCCCGUCUCCCCUCGGUUGAAGCCACUUCGGCACCGGCCCAUCUCAUCUCUUCGGCUGCAGAAAGCGGGCUUCUCGCAGGUCCCGCCUCCGCCUGCUCUUCCACCUCCCGGCACGGGACUCUCCACGGAGGGAAAUGCUCCCCCUGCCUUGAACCCUUCCCUUGCCUCUGCCUCCGCCCAGGAAGCCAAUCUGGACAGCUCCAGCCGCUGAAAGAGGAGCUCACGCCGCCCCGCCCCCCGAGAAGAAAGACGAGGCAGGCGGAGGGUUAAAGGGAGCGAGCGGAGCCUUCCUAGAGAGUCCCUGCAAAGGCGCCUGUGCACGAGAAAGUGACUCAUAUUCCCGCGGAAAGGAGUCUUUGCUUUUGGGGUGUGCUGCUGUUUGCGGGCAUUGGCCUCGUGCGGGGACCUGGAGGAAGCUUCGGUUGCUUGCUGGAAUCACCUACUUUUGUUAUUAAAACACCUUUCAGCUUCAAGAAUGUAAUACCUCAGACUGAAUAAUGUGUUGACUUCACAGGACGUAAUGGUCCCACCUCUCUGGACAGUCCUUGCUUUAGGAAAGAAGCUUCCUGAAGAGCAAGGAAACCUUGCAGUCUUGCUAGAAUUCGCCUUGGAGUAGGGAGCAGAGAUGGAAAAGGAACACUCAGCUGGCCCUGAAGCAGGAAGAGGAGUUCUGGCCACCCAGGCUGGGAACAACGAGGAAGUCUGGGAGAGAACUGUGCAGACGAUGCUGGCUGAGGAGUGCACCAGCUCAGCUGCAAACUGUCAGAGACUCCGGCAGUUCUGCUACCAGAAAGCCGAGGGGCCCCGAGAACUUUGCAGUAGAAUCCACAAAUUUUGCCGUCAGUGGCUGAAGCCAGAAAAGCACACCAAAGCUCAGAUGCUGGACCUGGUGAUCCUGGAGCAGUUCCUGACCGUCCUGCCCCCAGAGAUGGAGAGCUGGGUUAGAGAAUGUGGAGCGGAGACUAGUUCCCAGGCAGUGGCCCUGGCAGAAGGUUUCCUCCUGAGCCAAGCAGAGGCCAAGAAGAAGAAAGAGCAAAAGUGCCAGGAGCCAUCAAAAGUGGACCCUGAUUUCUCCGUGGAAGAGCUGGCUGCAUCAGACCAUAGAGAACGUUUGCUGAAUAGGAGGAUCGUUCAAGAGAGUGAAGGAGGUGCCACCUCACUGGGUUGUAAAAUCUCACCCGUUCUUCCACUUGCAUACAAGCCGUCUACUCUUUCUGGCGGAGCAGAGACGGUCUCUGCUCAACUGGACCAGGGUCCGGUGGAUGUGAUUGUGAAUUUCACAGAGGAGGAGUGGGCUCUGCUGGAUGCAGGCCAAAGAGCUCUGCACAAAGAAAUCACGGAGGAGAUCUGUGGGCAUCUGGCCUCUCUGGGUGAUGGAAGUGAGAAUGAGAAAAAGGAUGAACUGCAGAGUAGGCAAAUAGAAGCAAAAUAUUUGUGGGAGAAGAAAGCUGCUGCUUCUGAAUGCAAUGAUGUUCUUGAAAUUCCAGUCCAAACAAGAGGUUUCAAUGGAAAUGGAAGGAAUGAAAACCUUCAAUGUGUAAUAUUCAUAAACCAUAACUCAAGCCUUCUUCACAUGCAACCAAUAAUUCAUACAGAUGAUAAAAAAUAUGAAUGCUCAGAAUGCAGAAAGAAAUUCAGCUGCAGGCGAUAUCGUAUUUGCCAUCAAAAAACUGACACAGGGGAGAAACCCUAUCGAUGCUCAGAAUGUGGAAAAAGCUUCCAUUUGAAAAGAGAGCUUAUUAAUUAUCAACGAAAGCACACAGGGGAGAAACCAUAUCAAUGUUUAGAAUGUGGAAAGAACUUCAGCGACAAGAGGAACCUUAUUUCCCAUCAGAUAAUCCACACAGGGCGCAAAGCAUAUCAGUCCUUAGAAUGUGGAAAGAACUUCAACUACAUCUCACAGCUUACUCAUCAUCAAAGAAUCCACACUGGGAGGAAACCCUAUAAGUGUUCAAAGUGUAAAAAGGGUUUCUGUCAGCAAGGACAACUUACUUCCCAUAAAUGCAUCCACAAAGGGGAGAAACAAUUUACAUGCUCAGAAUGUGGAAAGAACUUCCACUACAACUCACAGCUUACUUACCAUCAAAGGAUCCACACUGGGGAGAAACCAUAUAAGUGUUCAGUGUGUGGAAAGAGUUUCCGUCAGCAAGGACAACUUACUUCCCAUCAAAGAAUCCACACAGGGGAGAAACCGUAUCAGUGUUCAAAGUGUGGAAAGAGUUUCCGUCAGCGAGGACAACUUACUUCCCAUCAAAGAAUCCACACAGGGGAGAAACCGUAUCAAUGUUCAAAGUGUGGAAAGAGUUUCCGUCAGCAAGGACAACUUACUUCCCAUCAAAGAAUCCACACAGGAGGUAAACGAUUUACAUGUUCAGAAUGUGGAAAGAACUUCAGCUAUAACUCACUGCUUACGUACCAUCAAAGAAUCCACACAAGGGAGAAACCAUAUCAAUGUUCAGAGUGUGGAAAGAGUUUCCGCUGGCAAGUACAACUUAAAUCUCAUCAAAGUAUCCACACAGGGGAAAAAUCAUAUCAGUGUUCAAAGUGUGGAAAGAGUUUCCGUCAGAAAAGACAACUUACUUCCCAUCAGUGCAUCCACACAGGGGAGAAACGAUUUACAUGCUCAGAAUGUGGAAAGAAUUUCCGCUAUAACUCACUGCUUACGUACCAUCAAAGAAUCCACACAGGUGAGAAACCAUAUCAAUGUUCAGAGUGUGGAAAGAGUUUCCGCUGGCAAGUACAACUUAAAUCUCAUCAAAGUAUCCACACAGGGGAGAAACUAUUUACAUGCUCAGAAUGUGGAAAGAAGUUCAACUGCAAAUCACAGCUUACUUCCCAUCAAAGAAUCCACACUAGGGAGAAACCAUAUCAUUGUUCAAAGUGUGGAAAGAGUUUCCAUCAGAAAAGACAAUACACUUCCCAUCUGUGCAUCCACACAGGGAAGAAACGAUUUACAUGUUCAGAAUGUGGAAAGAACUUCAACUACAAGUCACAACUUGCUUAUCAUCAAAAAAUCCACUCUGGGGAUAAACCAUAUAAGUGUUCAGUAUGUGGAAAUAGUUUCCGUCAGCAAAGAGAACUUACUUCCCAUCAGUACAUCCACACGGGGGAGAAACAAUAUUCAUGUUCAGAAUGUGGAAAGAAUUUCCGCUAUAACUCACUGCUUACGUACCAUCAAAGAAUCCACACAGGUGAGAAACCAUAUCAAUGUUCAGAGUGUGGAAAGAGUUUCCGCUGGCAAGUACAACUUAAAUCUCAUCAAAGUGCCCACACAGGGGAGAAAUUAUUUACAUGCUCAGAAUGUGGAAAGAAGUUCAACUGCAAAUCACAGCUUACUUCCCAUCAAAGAAUCCACACUGGGGAGAAACCAUAUCAUUGUUCAAAGUGUGGAAAGAGUUUCCGUCAGCAAGGACAACUCACUUCCCAUCAAAGAAUCCACACAGGGGAGAAACCAUAUCAGUGUUCAAAGUGUGGAAAGAGUUUCCGUUGGCAAGUACAACUUAAUUCCCAUCAAAGCAUCCACACAGGGAAGAAACGAUUUACAUGCUCAGAAUGUGGAAAGAACUUCAACUUCAACUCACAGCUUACUUGUCAUCAAAGAAUCCACACUGGGGAGAAACCAUAUAAGUGUUCAAUGUGUGGAAAGAGCUUCAGUCAAAAGGCUUACCUUACUUCUCAUCAAAGAAUGCACACAGGGGAGUAACCCUAUCAGUAUUCAUAAUGUGGGAGGGACUUCAGCAAGAUCUCACAAUUUGCUUGUCCUUGCUUGUGCUUGGUUUGUGGAAAAAGCUUCAGUCAGAAGGGCAGCCUUUCUUGCCAUCAAAGCAUCCACACAGGA